AAUGACUGAAUAACAUCUUGAAGCAAAGUCAAUAUUAUAUUAAUUAUCUAAUGUAUAAUUUCAUGGUAUAUUAGAAAACUAGCAAUGGAAAACAUCUAAUGUGAAUUUCCUAACAAAGCUGACACUACAUUCACCCUUCAAUGACUGCAAAAUCACAUCAAAAUACUCAUCACCAAGGUAAUCAGGGGGAUUUGUUCUGGACCACAGCUGUGAAUUAACCAUUAAGCGGGGUCCUCCCUCCUCAGUGAGUCAGAGGGCAGUGACUGACGUAGGCAGCAGAGAAUUCAUGUUCAAGUCUGGACAGGAAACAUGCUCACUGCAGCGUACAAACAGAAGAGCGCCCCACAUACAGUGCACUCACGGGAAGCGAGGCUUGAGCACAGAUCGUUAUCAGCUCUACUUUUCAGUACAGAAAUGCAAAACAGCAAAUUUCACCGAUGGAGAACUCUUACUGAACAGAAGCAACACCAAGAGGGCUGAAGACAACGUUUCAACUCUGGGAUAGAGACUGCAGAGUGACAUGGCAGAUCUUGUAACAGGACUACUCGUUUGUUUGCUGGCAGUGCAGACCAUUCAGCAUGAAGGAAACAAACCCAGGAAUGUAUCGAAUGAAACCAGUGUUGCGAUACCGAAAACCUUUAAGGCAGCGCUGCACAAACCGAAUGUCACCAGGCUGCUGCUGCUCUACCCCAGCUCAGGCCCCCGGCUGCAGGUGAGCCCGGAGGACGCAGUGACAGCCUACACCACGGGGGUCCUCAGCACCAGGGUCAUCCCCUCAUCAUACAUCCUGGCCAUGCUGGUGGGCAUCCCCUCCAACGCCUACAUCCUGGCCUUCCUCAGACUCAAAGCAAAGCCUUUCUCCACCAUAGUUCUUUACCUGAACCUGGCUCUGUCCGACCUGCUGCUGCUGCUCUCCCUGGCGCUGCGUGUUCAUUACCACUUCAACGGGAACAAUUGGAUAUUUGGGGAAAUCUCCUGCCGGCUUAUCACAGCCUUGUUUUAUGGCAAUGUUUACAGUUCAGCCCAAACUAUAGCAUGCAUCAGUGUAAAGCGCUACCUGGCUGUGGUCAGGCCGUUCCUGUACAGAAGGCUGGCUAAGUCUACGCUGGCAGUGUGGUCCUGCUUGGUGGUCUGGUUCCUGUACGGUGUGGCUAUUGUGCCUGAGCUCCUGGUCAGGCAGAGCUACCAGCUCACCCACCUGGGAAUCACCACCUGCCAUGAUGUCCUGCCCCUGGACGAAAAAACCCAUUCCCCAUUGGUGCCAUACAGGAUGAUGCUGGUUUGCCUGGGCUUCAUAGUGCCAUUCCUGAUUUGUAUCUAUUCACAUGUAGCAGUGGUAUACCAUCUUGGACAAUCCUGUUGCGACUGGAAACCGUUUAUCAGGGUCAGCACUCUGGUUUUCAUCAUCUUUGUCGUGUGUUUCUUGCCAAGCGGCAUCCUGCAUAUCGCCCACUACAUCCGUCUGUUUACCAGUGGGGACGACAGACUGUAUGGAUAUUACAGAGUAGCGGUGUGUCUCUGCUGCUUCCACAGCUGUCUGGAUCCCUUCCUGUGUAUGCUCCUUUCCAAGAUGGCUGCCUCAGAACUGCAAUUUGUUUCUCUCCGCGGGAUACAAAAGAGGCCUACUUCUAUGACGUGAGACUGGAUGUUUGUGCACAGAAACAGCUUCUCCAUAAUGGACCAUUGUUGAGAAUCAGCAGGGAAGCUCAAGCCCGACAAACAGGAAUGUAAAAUACUGAAGUCUGUGGAUUCAACAGGGUGAUAACGCAGUCUCUGUUCGACACAAACAGCAACAUCCUUUGUGAAGAUGAUUUUAAAAUAUAAGGAUCAAGAAGGGAAGAUUUAGACUCUGAAUCAUACUAUCAUUGGGAAACUGUUGGCUUGAUGAGACAGAAACAUUGGAAUAACAAUUUGCUGUGGUCAUCAUUAAAUGUAUAUAAAAACCAAUUAUUUUCAAAAAAUGAGACUCUUGUAUUUUCAGUCUUAAAUUACGGGAUGAGAAAGUUCCGUGAAAAUUCAAUAAAAGUCGUUUUUACAUUGAGAUGAAGUGACAUGCGGUGACUACACUGGUUA